AUGACCCCAGCAACCUGUGAUACUUUGAAACUUUUCUUUUCCUUUUUCUUUCAAGUUAUUAUCUCUGAACAUACAAAUCCAUGGGUGAAAAUCAAUGUGUCUCAAAUCUCUUUCAAUCUAUUGAAAAUUCACGAAAAUGGUGUCAGAUGGUUACACUGUGGAAAUAUUGAUGCUCAUUUCAAUGGAAAAUUUCAUUGGAGAUUUAAUGGAAGCUCGAUUCUACCUAAGAAGAUUGAAGUUGCUAGGAAUAAGUUGAUUCUACCAAACGGCUCUCAAAAGAACUCAGCCUCUUACGCUGGGGUUUAUGAGUGUUGUGUUCGGGAAUCUCUCGGCAAUGCCUGUUAUGCGACUACUGUCAUUUAUAAGCCUCCAAAUCGAGUUUUUUCUGUAAAUAAUGGAGAUGAGAUAAAAAUUGAUGGCAAAGAAUCUCUCCUACUUCGUUUGGGAUCGCAAAAUAGGGACAAUUUCUCGUGUACCAUUGAUGGCGAAUCAAAAACGGAGCUGAUCUUUACUAGUUCUCCUCAAAAAGGCCGCCACCAACUACAGAUACGAAUCGAUGAAAUGAAAGAAGAUCUCUUCGGCAAAUAUAAAUGUUUCAUCAAUCAUAAGGGAAAACAAAACCAAUUUACUUCUUUCUUAAAAUUGAGUGAAAAAUAU